CGGUCAGUUUGCGGUGGUGAGGAAAUGCCGAAAGAAGAGCACGGGCGUGGAGUACGCCGCCAAGUUCAUCAAGAAGCGGCGGAGCAAGUCCAGCCGCCGCGGGGUCUCCAAGGACGACAUCGAGCGCGAGGUCAGCAUCCUCAAGGAGAUCCAGCACCCCAACGUCAUCACGCUGCACGACGUCUUCGAGAACAAGAGCGAUGUCAUCCUCAUCCUCGAGCUCGUCGCCGGCGGAGAGCUCUUUGACUUCCUGGCCGAGAAGGAGUCGCUCACGGAGGAGGAGGCCACGGAGUUCCUCAAGCAGAUCCUGGACGGCGUCCUCUACCUGCACUCCAAACGCAUCGCCCACUUCGACCUGAAGCCGGAGAACAUCAUGCUGCUGAACCGCUCGGCACCUCACCCGCGCAUUAAGCUCAUUGACUUUGGCCUGGCCCACAAGAUUGAUUUUGGCAACGAUUUCAAAAACAUUUUUGGGACUCCGGAGUUUGUAGCUCCAGAAGUGGUGAACUACGAGCCCCUAGGCCUGGAGGCAGACAUGUGGAGUGUCGGCGUGAUAACUUACAUUCU